CUGGGAAGGUGCCGUCUCAGGCUCUCGCUGUUGGACACACAAGAGGAAAAAAAAAAAUCCCCCAAAAAAAACAACAACCUUUGCUUCCAGUGGCGAGGGGGGACAGCGUCACAUGACUCCGGUCACCCUACCCUAUGUGACAGUAUGUAGAAGCCCUGGUUCCUCUUAUCCAAUCAUGCCUGGAAUGCUGCUUGUCACUUAGGCUAUUUCUGCUAUCUGUCGCUAUCAGGACUGCACUGCUAACAGUUUGGCCGAUGGGACGCUUUUUCCUGGAGUUUGUUUUUGGUUUUUGACUGCUGGCAGAGCCUGAGACGUCGCUCCCUCGUCCUUUUUCCUGCCCGUCGUUAAAACCAUGGCCCAUCGGCUACGGUUUCAUUUCGGCUCCGGCAGAAGCAAUACAGCUCCCGAGUCAGACGUCCUAGACCAGGAGAGAGAAGACGACUUUUUCAUGGCAUUCCAUACCCUGCCGAGGAGGAACGGGACUCACGUCUUCACGAGGCACUACGAAGAUAGAGAGUUCCAAGAAGAAGGGGCUCUGAAACGAAGCACGUCCAUGUUUAUUCCACAGCUGCUGCAGAACAUCGACGUGCGCCCCACCAGAAGCUCUUCUAUGCAGAUCUCUCUCCAGAGGAAAGGGCCAAACGACGGCGCCGACGAGUGCGAGAGCGGGGAGUUCUCGGAAGAGAUGCUGUCCUGCGGUUUUGAGGACUUCAAUGAGCACUACAUAUCGGCUGUAAGAAAAAAUUCCUCUACUGUAAGUACUCCGCAGGAUACUCCUAGUAAUUCGCCGCCCCAUGUAUACGAGUCUGGGAGGCUGCAAGUCAACGGGGCCGUUUCCUUCCCGCCAAGAUUUUCCGGCCGUCGCUUUGCGGAGCAAAAUGGGAAUAUUCACUAUGGCACCGAUGGAGAGGAAGAGGUGAACGUGCCUACGUGCAGCAAAAAUAUUGGCGGAGUCCGAAUAAACAGUCAGACUUUCGCCCCCGACAUUCGACAGGUGAGACUGGUUUCACCCGACCACGAUGCCCAAAACGGGUCUAGCACCGAACCGAGACGUUGGUCGCUACAGCAUCUUCCGGACACGUCGGGGAGUCCAGGGAAGAGAUGUUUCGUUUUCCAGCUUCAGCAAUCUCAGACUACCAACUGUAGUCUGGGGGGAGAGUACAAUUUUGGGUUUACCGGUACGAAGGGAGACCGACUGGUUCGAUAUCCUCGUAUUCGACUGGAAAGGAGUACCUCCUACCCACUGCAACCACGUCCCGAGACCAUCAGCCCCGUGGAGAACGGGGCGAAUACAGAAGGCAGGUCUUGUAGUCAGGACUUUACUGAUAAUAGUCCGAAUGAUUCCAGAGAACGGCCCUUGCCGGGACAGGGGUGCUCGUUUAAAAUUAGACAAGAGCAAAAUGUUAGGCAGCCACAUUUUAGGAUACUGGUAACUCGUGGGAACGAAGAGCAGAAUAGCGACCAAGGGCAAAAUAUUGCUGGAAAUUCUGGAUCAGCAGCCGGAAAUGACACGACGAGAGAUGACUUCUUGGGUCAAGUUGACGUGCCUCUAAACCACUUACCGACCGAAGAUCCAAUAAUGGAGAGGCCGUAUACAUUCAAAGACUUUUUACUGAGACCAAGAAGCCACAAGUCUCGGGUGAAAGGUUUCCUGAGAUUAAAGAUGGCGUAUUUGCCAAAGAACGGGGCACAGGAGGAAGAAACCAGUGAGCAGAGGGAAGAAGCGGAGCAUGCCUGGGAUGUUGUAGACUCAAAUGACUCUACCUCUCCACACCAACAAGAGCCGCCGGCUCCCCCUAUGCCUCCAGGAUGGGAGGAGAAAGUGGACAAUCUUGGGCGUACAUAUUAUGUUAACCAUAAUAACAGGACCACACAGUGGCACCGGCCAAGCCUAAUAGAUGUCCCAUCCGAAACCGAUAAUAACAUCAGACACAUACAGCAAGAGGCCCACCGAGUUUUCCGGUCCAGGAGACACAUUAGUGAAGACCUUGAGCCAGAAUAUGUAGAAGGAACAGAUAUAGCAGAGCCAUGGGAGACCAUUUCUGAAGAAAUGAGUCUGAGCAGUGACACUCUGAACGCACCGCUGCCACCACCUGCCUCUCCAGUCUCCCGGGCCAGCGCUUUGGAACUUUCUGAGGAGCUUAACCGGAGGCUACAGAUUAAUUCGGAGUCCAAUGGGGAACAGUUCAGUUCACUUAUUCAGAGGGAACCUUCCACGAGGUUGCGGUCUUGCAGCGUGACAGAUGGCGUCGCUGAGCAGGUUCAUUUAGCAAUGCCAACCACCCCAACGGGAAGAACGCGAUCUUCAACUGUGACGGGGGGAGAGGAAUACACGCCAUCCGUGGCCUAUGUACAUACCACUCCGGGCUUACCGUCAGGCUGGGAAGAAAGGAAAGACGCUAAAGGACGUACAUAUUAUGUCAAUCAUAAUAAUCGCACAACAACAUGGACCCGUCCAAUUGUGCAGCACGCUGAAGAUGGUGCGGUCGGAUCCACCUCAAACAGUAGCAACCAUCUGAGUGAACCUCAGAUCAGGCGGCCUCGUAGUCUCAGUUCCCCCACAGUUACUUUAUCUGCUCCACUUGAGGGUGCAAAAGACUUCCCAGUGCGCCGCGCAGUGAAGGAUACAUUGUCCAACCCACAGUCUCCACAACCAUCUCCUUAUAAUUCUCCUAAACCACAACACAAAGGGGCACAGAGCUUCUUACCGCCAGGUUGGGAGAUGAGAAUAGCUCCAAAUGGCAGGCCAUUCUUUAUUGACCAUAAUACCAAAACUACCACUUGGGAGGAUCCGCGCUUGAAAUUCCCUGUACACAUGAGAACCAAAGCUUCUUUAAAUCCCAACGAUCUGGGACCUCUACCGCCGGGCUGGGAGGAGAGGAUACACUUAGACGGCAGAACCUUCUACAUAGAUCACAGAAGUCAAGGUUUGAUGUGUGGAGACAAUGGUAACGGACGUUUAGUGCCCUCUUACGAUAGCAAACUAACACAGUGGGAAGACCCGCGGCUACAGAAUCCGGCAAUCACUGGGCCGGCCGUCCCCUACUCCAGAGAAUUUAAACAGAAAUACGACUAUUUCAGGAAGAAAUUGAAGAAACCUGCUGACAUACCAAAUAGAUUUGAGAUGAAGCUUCACAGAAACAGCAUCUUUGAAGAAUCCUACAGAAGGAUAAUGUCCGUGAAGAGGCCCGAUGUCCUGAAGGCCCGACUCUGGAUAGAGUUUGAAUCGGAAAAAGGCCUGGAUUAUGGCGGCGUGGCCCGCGAGUGGUUCUUCCUGUUGUCCAAAGAGAUGUUCAACCCGUAUUAUGGGCUUUUUGAAUACUCUGCUACGGACAAUUACACCCUUCAGAUAAACCCAAACUCCGGUCUUUGUAAUGAAGACCACCUCUCGUAUUUCACAUUCAUCGGGCGGAUUGCCGGCCUUGCAGUGUUCCAUGGGAAACUAUUAGAUGGUUUCUUUAUUCGCCCAUUCUACAAGAUGAUGUUGGGAAAACAGAUAACAUUGAAAGAUAUGGAGUCUGUGGAUAGUGAAUAUUACAAUUCUCUAAAAUGGAUCUUAGAGAAUGACCCCACUGAGCUGGAUCUCAGGUUCUGUAUAGAUGAAGAAAACUUCGGUCAGACUUAUCAGGUUGACUUGAAACCAAAUGGGUCAGAGAUGGUGGUGACGAAUGACAACAAGAGGGAGUACAUUGACCUCGUAAUCCAGUGGAGAUUUGUGAAUAGGGUACAAAAACAGAUGAACGGGUUUUUAGAAGGAUUUACUGAACUCAUUCCUAUUGAUUUGAUAAAGAUAUUUGAUGAAAAUGAACUUGAGCUUCUGAUGUGCGGCUUGGGAGAUGUGGAUGUAAAUGACUGGAGGCAGCACACACUGUACAAAAAUAGUUAUUGCCCGAACCACCCGGUAAUACAGUGGUACUGGAAGGCGGUGCUGCUGAUGGAUGCCGAGAAACGUAUCCGAUUGUUGCAGUUUGUAACUGGGACUUCUCGCGUGCCUAUGAACGGAUUUGCUGAACUCUAUGGUUCAAAUGGUCCUCAGCUGUUUACAAUAGAGCAGUGGGGAAGCCCGGAUAAACUGCCCAGAGCGCACACAUGCUUUAACCGUCUAGAUUUACCUCCUUACGACUCAUUUGAAGAUUUACGAGAGAAGCUUCUCAUGGCGGUGGAGAACGCUCAGGGAUUCGAAGGCGUCGAUUAGUGAUGGUCUCCCCUUAUUUUACCUUCUCGAAAUGCAUCUUUCGCUUGGAAGCUUAUGAAAUGAACAUUGCUAGUGAUGAACCAGAGACACUUGCAAAAAGAAAAAAAAAAAAGUUUCUUUUAAAAAAAACAAAAGCAAAACUCUAUUAGAAGAUAACGAGUGACAAGGAAAGAAAAAGGACAAAGGUGGCGCCGGUUGUGCCAUUGAUACAUUGUGUCAGUUUACGUAGCAAAGUCAUAUCGCUCGAUUUCACGAUUGCUACAAGUUUUUUUUUAGUUUUUUUUUUACUUUGCCUGCAGGUGUAAAUGGAAAGCAAUGGCUUCUUUGUAUGAUAAGAUUUUUCUUGGUAAGAUGGUACAUUUUUAUCUCGGACGCGGGCCGAGGAGUCACUGUGCCAAUUGUGAACCAAUUUCUGGUCUUUGAUAAAGAGCCCCUGACGCUGGUUCUGCAGUGCAGCUUUCUCAGUGCAGGCGUCUUGAGCUUACGGACUGCGGAUGGUACUUCUCCGAUCUCUACGGCAAUCGCGAGCUGUUCAUUGUAUACUUAAAUUACAUUUCAGGAGGACUUUCACUUAUUUAUGUGGUGUCGGCCCUUUAAAUUCGUAUUUUACAAACUUUCUAAUGAAUGGAACUAAUCACUUUGAAGGUAUAGUAUUACGGCCAUGUUUACUUUUAAAAAAAAUAUAAUGAUUUAGACCUAUUUUCAAAUUUUACUUCAUUAUAAUUAAAGCUCUAUACUCCAAGAAAAAAAAAA